AUGGCCGAAUAUAUUGGACAGAAGAUACAUAUGUUGCCAACGCCUUCGGCUGUCAUAUCCCGGCCGGUGUUGGAGAAAAACUGCUCUCGUGUACUGCAGGCAGUGGAUGCGUUGUCUGUGGGGUUUAGGCCGCAUGUAAAGACUCAUAAGACGGUGGAGGUUAGUCGGCUGCAGCUUGGCCGGGAGGCUCGUGGUGGGAAGGUUGUUAUAUCGACCGUGAGGGAAGCCGAAGGGUUGGGUCCAUUGAUUAUGGAGGGUGUUGUUAAGGAUAUUCUUUAUGGGAUGCCUAUCCCCGUAUCGUCCAUCUACCGGCUACAAAGGCUCGAAGAAUCCUACUCGGGAUUGGAGAUAUCUGUAUUGGUCGACCACCCCGCCCAAGUCCGUGCACUCAGAGCCGCCGGCGUGGACUGGAACGUCUAUGUAAAACUAGACAUGGGCACCCGCCGUGCCGGCAUCGCGCAUGACUCCCCGGCCUUCGGGGAAUUGCUGGCGUGUGUAAAGGAGUCCGACAUCGGUCUUGCAGGAUUCUACUGCCACGCCGGCCAUUCCUACAGCGUCAGUGAUUCCGACGAGGCACUGGCCUUGCUGCGAGAGGAGGUCGAUACAGCGGUUGAUGCGGCAGGCAAGGCCGAGGCGCAGGGUGUCUUGCCACCACUAUUCACUGGCUGGACGUUGUCCGUCGGUGCAACCCCGACCAUUAUUUCUACUGCUGGAGCGGGAAUUCCUGGUCAAGUACCGCCAAAACUCCAAAAAAUGAUUUCCUUCUUUGCAGACCUUCGGGAAAAGGGCAUGCACGUAGAAUUCCACGCGGGGGUAUACACAAUGCUCGACCUCCAACAAUUAUCAACCCACGCCUCCACCGCCACUCCAGAAGGCCUAGGAACCUCCGACCUCGCGCUAACGAUCCUCGCGGAAGUAGUCUCACUGUACCCCCGUCGGGGGGCCAGCGGUGAGAACGAAGCCCUCAUAAAUGUUGGCACCGUCGGCCUCGGGCGGGAGCCGGGAAGGGCGUACUCGGGCUGGGGCACCGUCUCGAGCUGGCGUGCAGAGAACGAAGCAGAGUUUGAGCACGAGCUUGAGGGCGCUGGGUGGGUCGUUGGUCGCAUCUCCCAGGAGCAUGGAAUCCUCACGGAGGUUCCAAACGGGAAUGUGAGCAGCGUUCGGCUUGGGAGUAAGGUUAGGAUCUGGCCGCAGCAUGCGUGCAUUGCGGGUAGUGGAUACGAGAGGUACUUUGUCGUUGACGAGGAUGAGGUUGUGGUUGGUGUUUGGGCAAGGUGGAGGGGGUGGUAG